UAUAACAAUAAAAAUUCCCUCCCUUUUUCAUCUCUAUCUCUCUAGAAAACAAAACGCCAUUAUUCUCUCUCUUGAAAACCUCCUGUUCCUCUUCUUUUAUCCGUGCAUUGAAACGAAAUGACGGCGGCGGUGGCGCCGUGGAAGCAACAAGUACUACAGAGGGGAGCGUCGCUGUACGUGGGUGACUUGGACCCGGAAGUAACAGAAACGGACUUGAGAGCUGCGUUUUACCAUGUGGGUCCCAUUUCCUCCCUCAGACUCUGCCGUUGUCGUCUCACCGGAAAGUCUCUCUGUUACGCCUAUGUCAACUUAUACUCUCAUGCUCAAGCAUCUAGAGCUUUGGGUCUUCUAAAUCACACUAACUUGAAGGGAAAACCCAUGAGGAUAAUGUGGUGUCAGAGGGACCCUUUUGCAAGAAAGACUGGUUUUGCCAAUCUCUUUGUAAAGAAUCUAGACUUUUCGAUCAGCAGCUCUUGCUUGGAGAGCAUCUUUAGCAAGUAUGGGACAAUACUUUCUUGCAAGGUGGCUGGAGAAAACGGAAGGAGUAAGGGCUUUGGGUUUGUUCAGUUUGAGUCUCAGGAUUCUGCUCUGGCUGCUCAAACGGCUCUCCAUGAUACUAUGCUGGGUGGGAAGAAAUUGCAUGUCUGCAAAUUUGUCAAGAAGACUGAAAGGACAGCAGCAGCGCCAUGCGAAGUGUUCACCAAUCUUUAUGUUAAAAAUCUAGAUGAAACAAUAACAGAGGAUGGCCUAAAGGAUAUGUUUUCUGUAGUUGGUGAUGUUUCUAGUGUUGCCAUCAUGAUGGAUCACGAGGGGAAAUCAAAACAUUUUGGAUUCGUUAACUUUAAGUCUCCAGAUGAUGCCAAAAAGGCUGUUGAUGUCAUGAAUGGUUCUGUAAUAGGUUCGAAGACUUUGUUUGUGGGAAAGGCUCAAAGGAAAUCUGAAAGAACAAUGAUAUUGAAGCAAGAAUACAAGGACUUGCACAACAGAAGUACUGAGAAGUUGAGGGCUUCAAAUCUGUAUGUAAAGAACCUGAAUGUAGACAUUGAUGACAAGAAAUUGAAAGAAGUUUUCAGUGCCUAUGGGAAGAUUCUUUCCGUGAAAGUGAUAUGCCAUAAUGAUGGAACUAGCAAACAAUUUGGUUUUGUAUGUUUUGCAAGCCCUGAAGAAGCAAACAAGGCUUUGGUUGCACUAAAUGGAGCCCUCCUUGAAGGAAAGAUUCUUCAUGUGGCAAAAGCUCAGUGCAAAAAGGAUCACCGCCAGGAAUGGCACAACUUCUCUGGACAGAACCAACCUCAGUCUUUCUAUCCUUCUAACUGCAAUACUGUUUCCUCAGCAAUCCACCAACUUCAUUUCAAUUUUGAUCGCUCUCCACAUAUCCCUUUCCUCCACCAUCCAAUGUUCUGUCAACAUUUUGGUGUUCAGCAUCCUUUUAUGGCACAAAAUUACCAGCAGAAGUUUUCCAAAUAUAUGCCAGUGGCGGAAACGCAUCUAGGGAGCACGUUGAACACCAGAGACAAGUCCUACCAACAGCAUUCCUCGAAAUUUGCAACCUCUAAUUUUAGCAACCGAGACCUGAAACUUGGGUCUGCUGGAGAUCAAAAGCUUGGUUCCGAAAAGAAGGGUAGCAAGAGAGGAGCAGCUGUAGAAGAUAUUUCCACUGGAUCACCGUCUACCAAAAGUCUUUCUGCAGCUAAAUCUACUGACAGUACCGUCAUUAACUUUGGGAGUCUUCUUCAACCCGUUGUAAAGAAACUUCAGGUUUGUGGAUUCUCAAUUCCCCCCCUUGAAAAUAUCGCAGUCUAAGAGGACAACCCUAUUUGCCUGAUUCUCUCUUCCCCUCCCUUCUCCUGAAAGACAUCAGAAAGCCCUUGGAAAUGAGCAAAUUGAAUGUCACAGAGUUCAAUUGGCAAAUGCAUUUGCUGGUGCUGCUUGAGCUACUAGUCAGUAGCAGUACAGCUAUCCACUUUGAUGACUGCUUGUCUCACCAGUUCCUGUUAACAUUUAGUUUUUCUACUAGUUGCACUGUUUUGUUAUAGGAAGAAAUGCUAUGCAUUAGUUGUGCUGUAAAUUUUUACUAGGAAGGAUUCACACAGUUCUCAGAAUUCUCAGACAUGAAAUGGAACUUUAGAUUUUUCUUAUCAUACUGCCUUCUGCUUGGCGUUUCUUUUCAGCCCAUCACCUUCUGUUUUUUAAGCAACUUGUGAUAUUACAAGGUAACAAAACAUCGUGCAAAUCCUUGAACAUAAUUUUCCUUUUACCCUAACUUCUUAUUUUUAUCUUUGGCAAAUUCUGUGAUCCUAUUGAUUCGGAGGGACUUCAGCUAAAUGAAUUCAUUCGCACCUUGACGCCUUCAAUAUUAUAUCGUACUCAAAUUUGAAGGAGAAUGAGCUCGACGAACAUAUAUACUUGGAAUAGAUAAAAGUUUGCGUCAUGCAUCUUGUAAUCCAUAAAUUUUCUUCAGUUACAUGAAGGAUUUCUUCUUCUUUUUUAUCACUUGUAAUUAAUACAAUAAUAAUUCUCAAAAGAAAAAAAAAAAGAAAAGAAGAAGAA